CCUCCCAUUGGAUUGCAUUGGAUUUGUAUUGUGUGUAUGUGUUUCUCUAUGCUAUACUACUUCACCAUUACUACUACUGCAUAGAGACUCUACCAUUGCAUUCAAUAGUAAUACUACUGUGUGUGUUGAAAACCAUUGCUUAUAUACCAUAUAUACAUUGCCAUUGCAUUCAACGUUCAAUACUGUAUUAAAAAAAUUACUAAGUUUUUCAAAUUGUUUUUUCAAUUGAAAAAACACAUCGAUUUUAAUCGUACGUCCCGUUUGAUUUGAAACUAUGGGUAAAAUUGAAGGCAAACCGCGCGGCCGUAUGUCGGCCUACGCCUACUUUGUCCAGACCUGCCGAGAGGAACACAAGAAGAAACAUCCGAAUGAAAACGUUGUUUUCGCCGAAUUCUCCAAGAAAUGUGCCGAACGUUGGAAGACGAUGAACGACAAAGAGAAGAAUCGGUUCCAUGUAUUGGCCGAAAAAGAUAAGAAGCGAUACGACGGGGAAAUGUUGAACUAUAAGCCACCGAAGGGCGAGAAGGGAAGGAAAAGGAAGCGUACAAAGGAUCCGAAUGCACCCAAACGGGCUCUUUCGGCAUUCUUCUGGUUCUGUAACGAUGAACGUCCGAAAGUAAAGGAAACUAUGAACGACGCAACUGUCGGCGAAGUGGCCAAAGAGUUGGGUCGUCGUUGGAACGAACAUACCGAAGAUAUGAAGAGCAAGUUCGAGGCAUUGGCCGCUAAGGAUAAGGCUCGCUAUGAAAAGGAGAUGAAGGUAUACAAAGCCAAGAAGGCUAAACCAGUUCCGGUGAAAGUUGUACCGAAAAAAGAGGAAUCGGAAGAUGAAGACGAAGAAGAGGAGGAGGAAGAAGAAGAUGAGGACGAAGACGACGAUUAGUCGAUCCAUUGAACCGACCAUUUUUGUUGGCGGCUCAUACCCUAACAACUAGUUGGACGGAUCCACUCUAGAAGAAAGUUGUCGUCAUAUAUAUAUAUAUUUCAAAUCAUUAUUUUCUGUCUUUUUUUUCUUUUUUCAAAACUUUAUUGUCAUUUAUUAUUAUUAUUAUUAUUAUUCAUUUGAAUUCAUUGAUUGUUUUAAUUGAUUACACUAUCUAUCGAUUAGAUCUGAUGAUUGAUUCAAUCAAUCAAUUGAUUGAUAAUAUCAUCUAAAAAAUAACAAUUGUUUUCAUAAACACAAAAACUACACCAAAAUUGUAGACAACUUUUAUUUAAAUUAAUUAAUUGUUUGUCUCAUUGUUUUUUUUUGAUUUUGUUGACACAUUUAGCGACAAUUCAUUAUUCAAUAUUUUUUUUUUAAUUAUUAUUAUUAUUAUAUUUAUCGCAACAAUUCAUUCAAUUAAUUA